UUGGUACCGGGUUGCGGGCUUGGUCGGCUUCCAUGGGAGCUGGCUCACCGAGGCUACUCCAGUCAAGGAAACGAAUGGAGCGCCUACAUGCUCUUUGCGUCCAAUUUCGUGCUCAACUGCCUCGGAGGGCAGCGUGGUGCCAUCCCAGUUUUCCCUUUUGCCCACAUGUAUUCCAACUGUGUCGCAGCUGAGGAUCAGCUGCUGAGCGUGGCCAUCCCAGACGUGGACGUGAGCGCCAUCCCAGCCGAAACCAACUUUUCAAUGACAGCUGGCGACUUUCUGGAAUCUUACACAGCCGAGGCGAGCUGGGAUGGCAUUGUGUCUUGUUUCUUCCUUGAUUGUGCCGCAAACAUCAUUGGCUUCAUUGAGCGCAUGUUUGCAAUCCUCAAGCCGGGCGGCUACUUGUUUAAUAUUGGCCCAUUGCUGUACCAUUUUGAGGACCGACGCGAUGUAUGUUAUGAGAUGUCAAUUGAGCUCACCUGGGAGGAGUUGCGAGAGGUCCUUCUCACCACGGGCUUUCAGAUCGAGCUCGAGGAGCGAGACGUGCCUGUGCCGUACAUGAACCAUCCACGCAGCAUGCUACAAAAUUCUUAUCGCGCAGUCUUUUUUGUAGCCCGCAAGCCACUGGUUUGA